UGAUGGAUGAUUGCUCUGAUUGACAGGGGAUCACUCGAGUGUUUCCAGGGCCAGGCAGCAGUAUAGAGUACAGUGGGAGGGGUCUGGUGGUGUUUCCUCCCUCUGGAACUGUCUCGUUCUCUGUGGUGCCUCCUCGCGACUAUCGCUACCAGAUCAUCCUCAGACUCCAGUUUCCUUCACCGGUGGAUCCUAUAUCGCUGGAGGGUGUGAACCUAUUCGUUGAGAGUCAGUCUCCAGUCACUAGGGACCUCAGCUGUACCCAAACCUCUCCAACCCCCACCAGUACCUUCCUCCUCCCUGGCUCUCCUCACCCCACCUACCAUCAUGUAGUGGUGGACUCUCUCUGUUUUGAGGCUGGAGUCGGCUACACUGUGACAGUCCAGCAUCUUGACGUACACAACUCUCCUUGGAUGCUUGACUCGCUACUUCUCCUGCCAGACUUCAUGUCAGAGAGUGCCUACUAUGCCGAGGAGGCCGACACAAGUCUCCUGGAGGAGUGUCUGCCUUUCUCCCUGGCCCAGGCCGGUGUCAGGGAAGAGUGCAGGGACAUUGCCUUUUCUCUCUCUGUCGAAUUCUAUGGACAAGUUUUUGAGUGUAACUGUAGUGGUUCAGUGGGAGCUGAGGCUGGAGGUGCGUGUGAUAGGUAUGGUGGCCAGUGCUCAUGUCUGGAGGGAGUCACAGGACUCUGGUGUGACGUCUGCAGGAAUGGAUGGUUUAACCUCACUUCAACCGGCUGCACAUUGUGUGACUGUGAUGCUGAAGGGUCCACUAGUUCAGUGUGUGACAUACAAACGGGGCAGUGUGACUGUCAACCUAAUGUGGAGAGUCUCAACUGCGACAGCUGUGUCCCGGGCCACUACGACAUGUCCUCCACCGGCUGCACCAACUGUAGCUGCUCUCGGUUCUCGACCUCGUCCCAGUGCUCUGACCUCGGACAGUGCCCCUGUCUUCCUGGGGUCGGUGGCGCCACCUGCGACCGAUGCCUACCUGGAUACUACGACAUAUCCCCCACCGGAUGCUCUCCCUGCAACUGUUCCAUCGUCAGAGUUCAUAGCUCCUCGAACGAGUGUGAUGUCACCACAGGCCAGUGUCCCUGUAUUGGAAACACUGUGGGUAGAGACUGUUCCCAGUGCCCCGAGGGAUUCUAUGAGACAAACAGCCCCGACACUGAUGCCUGUCUCGAGUGUGUGUGUUCCAACAGGAGCAGAGUUUGUACGGAUGGCUCGGCCAACACUCAGGCUGCUGCCCGGACAUCUGACUUCACGCAGCUCUGCAGUCAGGACCCUGUGACCUGCAACGACGGCUGGGAACUGCUUACGGCACUUGGAACAACUGCAGCACCUUUUGGACCAAGUGAUGCCACGGGGCUAGGCUACAUCCUGCUGAGCAACGGUGACCCGAGGUUGUAUGCACCGGGCAAGUUCCUUGGAGACCAGCGAUCAUCCUAUGGUCUUGAUCUCUCUCUAUCUAUCUCCAUCUCCACUAUAACUGGCCUCAAGGACACUACCUCUGUUGUGCUGGAGUCCAGCGAGGAGACACCUCCGAGACUAGUUGGAGUGUUCCCCCCACCAACCACCCAGGAGGAACCCUCUUCCCUCAACACCAUCCUCACCUUCUCUAUUCCCAUGGUGGAGGAUUACUGGCGUGUGGGCAGCUCCACUGGUCCUCCUGCAACGUUAUUCCAGCUCUACUCCGUCCUCUCAAACAUCACCCUCCUCAGUUUAUCAGCUGAGUUCAGAGAAGAUUUCAUCGAGUUUGUGUACGUCCAAAGCAUCCAGCUACAAACUAGGGUACCACUCGGAACCCCACCCACUGCCGACUUGGUUCUCCUGAACACUUCCUUCCCGACCGAGGAGUGCAGCUGUCCUCCACAGUACACUGGUAGCUCGUGCCAGCUGUGUGCCCGAGGCCACGCCAGACCCUCGGGGGAUAUCGCCGACCCCUGCGCCGAGUGUGACUGUAACAACCUCUCCCUGGACUGUGACGUGGAGACUGCAGUCUGCACAAACUGCUCCGGAAACUCAGAGGGGGACAACUGCGAAAGAUGCCGGCUGGGUUAUUACGGCGAUCCCACCAGGGGCAUCCCCUGUCUCCCCUGUCAGUGUCCCUCGUCCGAGAGGAGUUUCUCGUCCUCCUGUUUCCUGGACUUUGACCUCCAGCCCACCUGCAACAACUGUAGCUCUGGGUACUCUGGCAGGUCCUGUGAAGUGUGUGCAGAUGGCUUCUUUGGCAACCCACUGGUUGGUCAGUGCAUCACGUGUGGGUGUCACGGUAAUGUGGACCCGGCGCUGGGCCCAGUCUGCGACAUGACCACCGGUCGCUGUCUCAAUUGUCUCAACAAUACCCACGGUUUCAACUGCCAGUUCUGCCUACCAGGCUACUAUGGAGACCCUCCCUCCGGCCUACCUUGCACAUCCUGCCAGUGUCACCCAAAUGGCACAGAGGGCGACUGCAGUCCUGUGUUUGGGACCUGUAGAUGUGCCAAUGAGAAUGUACUGGGGGAACUGUGUGAUGAGUGUAGGGAUGGCUACUGGGGUCUCUCCCAAGGCCUCUCCUGUGUCCCCUGCGACUGCUGCUCCAAUGGCUCCAUCAGCAACACAUGUGAUAAGGACACGGGUCGGUGUGACUGUCACGAGAACGUUGGGAGUGAGCUAGACGACAAGUGUUGUACCUGCACUCCCGGAUUCUUUGACUUCACUCCUGACGGCUGCAGAGAGUGUGGUUGCAGUGCACUGUCAGAGUCUGUGGAGUGUGACAUUGUCUCUGGCCAGUGUCAGUGUCAGGAGGGAGCCAUUGGCCUCAAGUGUGACGACUGCGCUUUUGGAUUCACUGGGACAGUUCCCGACUGCACCGAGUGCCACCCGUGUUUCACCCAGUGGUACCACAGGAUCCAGGACCUCUCCGACAUGGUCACCGUCCUCCAGAGACGAGCCCAUUUUCUGGUGGACGAGUACUACAAUGGCUACACGGUGGAGAGCAUACAGGCUGACGUACAGGGUCUCAUUGAGGAGCUAGCCAGCACCAACUCGUCUCUACAGACCAUCACUCUGAAUGCCAGCAGUGUACAAGAACUGCAGGACACACUCCAAGAGAUAAAUGAGGCUCUGGCUGAAAUGGAGGAGGUUGCAAGAGACACGGAACAGCAGCUCCUCGUGGCUGGCCUGAUGCUGGCAAACACUGCGGCAUUUGACGGCACUGUGAAUGGAGUCACUGUCAACGAAUUGGUCCAGGUGAUUGCUCACUACAACAGCACCGUUGCUGCUCUGGUGGCCACCGCCCAGCACCUACUGACAGAGCUUGGGGAGGAUCAGUCAGAGGCUACUAGCACCUGGACCGAUAUAUCAGCACUUGAAACAACUAUCCAAGAGUUAUUGGGCAACUCGACCCUUGCACAGGGUCACCUUGACCUAGUAGAAUCAGACCUGGAUGACCUAGAUCAACAGAGAGCAAACCUUCGAAUGAACUUGACCCACCUCUCAGAGUUGGCCAUGGAUCUAACGACACAGCUAACACGGCUCAACAGUUCAGUGGCCAAUGCCUCUAGGGAGUCUGUUGAUGUCAAGGCCAGUGCCGAGGAGUUGAGGGUCCAGCUGGUGGCACUGAGGUCCCACACCGACUUAGUCCUGGAACUAGCAAGACAACUGAAUGUCUCCAUUGAGGCAACAUGGGAGGCAACACAGUUCCUAGUAGAAAACUACACCACCACUCUGGGUCUGCUGGAAGCUACUUCGCAGGCUGCCCAAGCUGUCUCAGGUGAUGUAGAGAACGGGAUUCUUCGUGUGAAAGAACUGACCAUGCAGUUGGAACUGAUCAAGACAGCGGCAAUGAGCAUAUUCGACAGGGUUCUCCCCUCCCUGGACCACGUGCAGGAGCUGGCGAGGAACAUUAAUGCCAGCAUCUUGCCAGAGAGUCAGGUGGCAGGGAUUGUUGCCAAACGCCACAGCCAGUCACACAGUCGCACUGCAAGCCCUGGAAAGUGCUUAUAAUGCAAGUGAGAAUGUGAGGGCAACGCAGUCCCUGAUUAACCAGCUGAGCUCUGACCUCAAUUCCACGGAGGACACCCAGGAGAGAGUUCAGGAAGCCGUCUCACAGCUGAGGCACACCAUCAACAGCUUGACACUUCAACUGGCACAGGUGAGAGAAGGUGCUGCAGAAGUGAACGGCACGUCCAGCCAAGUCCGGGAGGUGGCGGAGGAGACAGACAGAGUUGUGGAGACUGCCACAGAAUUGGCUCUAGAACUCCAGAACAGAAGUAGCGAGUUCAUGUACCAGGCCAGCGUGAACAAUCACAGAUCAUCAGCAAAUUAAGAAGCUGCAGAUCAGCUUCUUAUUGAAGUUGCAAGUCUCCAAGCUGUGGCUGAGGCCCAGCACUACGAGUCACUGCAGAUCCUACAGAAUGCCACCGAUGCUCUAUCAACCGCCCAACAGCUCUCUAAUACCACCAAUCAAGUGACCAUACAACAACUUCAAGAGCUACUGUCAGAGUAUGCCAGUGAGAGGAGUACUGUUAGUGACCUGAGAGACGGAGUCAGAGUCCUCAGAGCGGAGCUCCAGAAUCUCACCCUCACCUUCACCCAGGCAGCACAGACACUCAGUGAAUGCUACAAGACGCCCUAGCCCAUUUUCCACUAGCAUAGUCCUUUUUUUAUCCCUCUGUCCACCACACAUAAUAUAAUUAUAACAUGAACAGCCCACCAGCAAUCCAUCUUCACUUUCUUACACCACCAACACCACUAUUGCAUAUUGCGCAUGCGUAGUGGGCGGAGGCGUUUUGCUGACUCGUAAAGAUCUGCGGCGAGGUAAGUAGCUGGCAAGAGCGAGCCCUCGAGCAUGCAGGCGGUAGUGAUCGGUGCCACAGGUGCAUGUGGAAAGUAUCUCGUGUCCAGCCUUCUCCAAUCCAAGGACGAUGUGGCUAAGGUGACGCUGCUGUCUCGACGGAGGCUGGAGGAGGUGGCUGGAGUGGACGUGGCGGCCGAGGAGAGCGCGGGGAGACUGUACCAGCACGUCGAGGACUUGGACUCCGUGUCAGACGACACUGUUCGUCAGCUCUGCGGCGGAGCCCACGUCUUCUUCAACGCUCUCGGCACUACCAGACGUGCCGCCGGCUCCGCGGCAGCCUUUAGGCAUAUAGACCUAGAGAUUCCAGAGCGGUUCUCUCGGCUUGCACAAGAAGCUGGCGUCAAGCACUGCAGUGUUGUCACCUCAACUGGAUCCAAUCCCAACAGCUGGUUUCUCUACCUCAGGACAAAGGGAGAGUUGGAGAGUGCUGUGAGAGGAAUGGGUUUCUCACGUGUGUCUUUGUUCCGACCUGGGGGCCUAAAUCGUGGAGAUUCAAUGAGAACUGUCGAGAAAAUUGCCGCACUGGUCAUCCCAACUCUGUCAGUGGAGCUGGUGGGUCAGGCCCUGGCACAGGACGCCAUAAACUACCACACCUCCACCGGUGACCAGCAGCAAAACGACAGAGAGAUGAUUGCCAACAACAGCGCAAUUCGCCGCCUCGCUCAGCAAUUCCAGCAAAAGGUGUCUCCUCCUCCUGCUGCUACCACUACCACUGAACCUCCACCUCAACAACCAGCUCCAGAGGUUGAAAAAGACUAAGAACAAUUAUUUUGACCACUCAUGGAAUUUUUUGAACUCCCCAUUACUCGGUAUCAGUGAAGCAAACCUACAUAGCUACGUGGUUGUCUGAAUGAUUUUCUAUAUUAAUUUUAUCCUGGUAGCUGGUGGACACGGUCACACAUUUUAAGAUAAUGUUCUUAAACCAACCGAAACGUUUUUCAUUACGUU